AUGAAAAGGAGAUUCUCGGCGUCCAAACCUCCCGCAAACGGCGAUCGGCGGCGCGAUUUCCCUCCCGCGAUCGGCGAGGCGAUUCCACCGAUAGGCGAAGGAGAUUCCGGCGAUUGGCGGCGAGGCGAUUCUCCCGCGAUCGGCGAGGCGAUUCCAGCGAUAGGCGGCGAGGCGAUUUCCGGCGAUUGGCAGCGAGGCGAUUUCUGGAGAUUGGCGGCGAGGCGAUUUCUGCCGAUUGGAGAGGCGAUUUUCCUCCUGCGAUCGACGACGGCGGGUUCCACUCUCCUCCAGCCAACGACGAACGUGUUUUUCCACCAAACGGCGAGGUGUUUUUCCACUGCUCCUAUAACAAUGGAUGAAGUGGUUGAUGGAGCUAAUGAACAAAAAACGGGAGAAACUGGAACUGAAACAGCAAUGGAUGUAGAUAUUCAGGAAACAACAGUACAAAGUGAAAUCGAUGAUGAGAUCAAAAUAAUACCAAGCAAUGAAGAAACGUGGAUGAACCUUCGCUUUGACACAAAAGAUCAUGGAUUGCUGUGGUACAAAUGUUAUGCACAUGAUAAGGGAUUUUCUGUUAGAGAAACAGGAGGGGUUAAGAGAACAAGCAAUAACAAACCGUGUGAAGUUGUAAGAUAUUUUGGGGGCAGAUGCAAUAAGGAAGGUUGGCGAAGAGGUAGUACAAAUAAUCCAGCAAAUGACGACCAUGUUGACCAACAACCUAGAAGCAGAAUCAGAAAAGAGGAUAGAUGGGAUUGCAAAGCAGUGAUACGCUUCCAGCUUGAAGAUAGUUCCCAAAAAUACUACAUUUCAAGCUGGUUAGAUGAGCAUAAUCACAAGAUGAUCCCACCAUCAUCAAGACAAUUCAUGAGAUCAAAUAGAACGAUGAAUGAAGUGCAAAAGUUCUUGAUUGACAUGUAUCACAAAGCUGGAAUAUCGAUACAAUCAUCAUUUCAAGCAUUAUGCUUGGCUGCCGGAGGAAGAGAAAAUGUUGGCUUCACACAAAUGGACCACAAGAAUUAUAUCCGUACUAAAAGGCAAAAAACAAUGAAGUUUGGGGAGGCAACAAUGAUUUAUCAUCAUUUCAAAAGUGAAGCUUCAAUGGACCCAGCUUUCUUUUAUGAGAUCCAAGUUGACAUCAAUGAAGAAAUUGCAAGUAUUUUCUGGGCGGAUGGACGCAUGAGAAUGGACUAUUUCUAUUUUGGUGACACCAUCAGCUUUGACACAACAUACCGCACCAACAAGAAUGCUCGCCCAUUAGCUUUAUUUGUGGGCUUCAAUAACUAUAGAGAAACAUGUGUUUUUGGUGCUGCCCUACUCUAUGAUGAGACAUCAGCCACAUUUGAUUGGCUCUUCAAACAAUUUCUCAUUUGCAUGAACGGGAAGGAACCGGGAGCUGUUUUUACCGAUCAAGCGGCAGCAAUUGCUGCUGGUAUUAGGACAGCAUUGCCGCACACUUAUCAUGGGUUGUGCACAUUCCAUAUAACAAUGAAUGCAAAGAGUAAUGGGUUGUGGUGGUCACCAUUUUUGGAAGAGCUUUCCUUCUUGAUGUAUGAUUUGGAGACGGAGGAUGAAUUCGACUAUUAUUGGAAGAAAAUGCUUGAGAAUUGCUUCAAUGAAGAAGAAGAAGAAGGGAAGAAAUUAACAAGUAAGAUUGAGGCAUGGCUGCAAAACCUCCACAAAGUGAGAAGUAAAUGGUCAUCGGCAUGGCUGAAAGAUCAUUUUGCAUGUGGAAUGAGAAGCUCACAACUCAGCGAGAGUUGCAACAGCCAUUUGCGUAAGUAUCUCCAGUCGAAACUUACUUUGUGGGAGUUUUUUAUACAAUUCAACAACCUUCUUGAAGCCAAAAGACAUAAGGAGUUGAGAAGUGACUAUGAAGCAUUGAACACUAUUCCAUACUUGGUUUUCACAAACAGUGAGGUUCUUCAACAGUUUGUUACCAAAUAUACACAAAAUAUAUUUGGGAACAUGCAAGAUGAAUACUCCAAGUCAAUCAAAUACCAUAUACGACCAAACAACUCCAAGGAUAUAGAUGGAAUGUUUGCAUAUGAGCUUCACAAACUAGAUCAGCAAAGAAAUCCUAUUGAUAAGAGGAUUGUUAUGGUUGACUUUGUGGAGCGUAAGCUGAUUUGCUCAUGCAAGAUGUUCGAGAAGUGUGGAUGGCUUUGUCGCCAUGUGUUGCGCGCAAUAGAUCACCUCGGCUAUGGAGGACACCUAGAAAUCUUGAAUAUUCACACACGCUACAUAUUAAAGAGGUGGACAUAUGAUGCAAAAUCUGGAGAUUUCACACUACCGGCAGUACAAGAUACAGCAGAGAGGGUGUACUGUUCAAGGGUGAAACAACUUACUGGAUCCAUGAAUUUGCUUGCAACACGCACUUGUAUGGAUGAUGACAUAUACAAGAUGCUUGAAGAAGAAAUGCAAGCAUUGAAGAUUCGUGCUGAAUCCAUGAUGCCUGCCAUGAAGUUUGGCCAGCCUAGCACAAGCACAGAAGCAGAAUUGAAUCCAGCAAGUUCAGAGAGUGAACCGCAUUGGGCGAAAGCAUUAAAAGUCAGGACUGAUCCAUUUAAAUCAAGGACAAGGAGGAAGAAUCGAAUUGAAAUCAUUCGAGAAAGGAGAAGACAAACAAAGUUACAAGAAAGGGCAGCGGAAGGAAAGUAA